AUGCCCUCGAUCACCACCUUCGUUGCCAUUCUGGCCACCGCUCUAUUCUACGUGAGCGUCAGCUCGCAAGUCGUUUACUCCAUCGAUCCCGAGAGUGUCGAUGAGACCACCCGGGCAGGCUGGUGUCAAGCUCAAUUGAGCUCCUGCCCACUGUUGUGUCUGCAAUUGCAAGGAGAGUCAUCGACAACUGCAGACAACAGAUGUGAAGCUAGCGAUCUUUCUUAUUCGUGCAUUUGCGGUAACGGCCUAACACCCAACCUCACCGAAUACUCCCAAACACUUCCAUACUUCACAUGCACUGAAUUCGGAAGCCAGUGCGUCGCAAACUGCAACGGCGACUCCCUCUGCCAAAGUGCUUGCAGAGCGGAUCACCCCUGUGGAGCGCAGAAUCCCGUCAAGGUCAACCUGUCAACUGUGACGACCGCAUCUGCAACCAAGACGAACCUUCCAGCUGGUGCUACCAGUGGAGUAGCCGGGAUUGUCUACAACGGGCUGGGAGGAGCAGCAACUACCCCUGCUUCGGACUCUUCGAAUUCGCAAUCCAACACCCAGCAGAGCGGUGCCGAGAUCGCCUUGGGUCUCGGACACAGCUAUGGCCUUGCCGUUAUAUUCGCUGGAGUCUUUGCCGGGUUUGCUCUGGUCUUUUCUCGAAGACGUUUAGCGGCAAUAGCCGCUGCCGAGGGCGACAUUUCCAACGGUGACCCUUGGAUCCUCAGAAGUGAAGACCGUUCCUCCGCCGCGGAGGGUGAACGAGCGCGCAUGUGGAAACUCACGCAUAGCAAGAAAGCCGCAUCUAGCGCUCACACUUCCUUCCACCCAAGAAAAGAGAAUCACACUGAGCCUGACAACCUUCUACCGCCUCCCGUCACCACCCCCAAGUCUCCAAUGACGCCCAGCAAGAAACAGGCGGCACACGAGUGCGUUUCUGAGGAGGCGCUGGUGCAUCUCAAGUCCUACAAGUACUCGAGCGUCGACAAGUCUCUGAUCUCGAAUUACAUCCUGAAACACUAUUGGAAUGCAUUUGUGGAACUUCUGCCACUAUGGCUUGCACCGAAUAUGGUCACAUUGCUGGGAUUCUUCUGUAUCCUGACGAAUGUGAUCUGCUUGGUGAUAUGGAUGCCGGACUUGGUCGGACCGGGACCCUCAUGGCUGUACUAUAGCUUUGCCUUCGGCCUCUGGAUGUACUCGACAAUGGACAAUGUGGACGGAAAGCAAGCGCGUAGAACAGGCACAUCGAGUGGCCUCGGGGAACUUUUCGACCACGGAAUCGACUCGCUGAAUUGCACCCUUGCCAGUUUGUGCGAGACGGCAGCCAUGGGACUGGGCACCUCGAAAGCAGGAAUCUUCACGUCGCUGAUUCCCUGCCUGCCUAUGUUCUUCUCGACCUGGGAGACCUAUCAUACCCACACACUAUACCUCGGCGUCUUCAAUGGACCUACCGAGGGUCUGAUUUUGGCUUGCACCCUCAUGAUUCUCUCUGGAUACUACGGCCCGGAAAUCUGGACACAUCGGAUUACAGACCUAGUUGGACACCACUACUUCCUUGGAUACCAUGAGUUCUUCGGUACCUACUCAGUCAGGGAUCUCUGGGUUCCCGUAUUGGUCGUGUCCCUGUUUGGGGCACAUCUGCCGUUUUGUGUGAUUAACGUUGUCAAGGCACGCCGAAGAGACAAUCUCCCGGUCAUGCCAGUAUUUCUGGAGUGGACGCCAAUGGCAGUUUUCACAUUCUCCAUUGGAGCAUGGCUAUUCUCCCCCUACUCGACGUUGAUGCCAGACAACCACCUCGUCUUGUUCUGUUUGACCAUGUCCUUUGUCUUCGGCCGAAUGACUACCAAGAUUAUUCUGGCACAUCUCACCCGACAACCAUUCCCAUAUUGGACCGUCAUGUUGACCCCCCUGGUCGGCGGAGCUAUCUUGGGCAACCUGCCUCGAAUCGGCCUACCCCAAGUGAGCUCCAAUGUCGAGCUUUGGUACCUACGGGGCUACCUCGUUUUUGCCCUGGUCGUCUACUUCCGUUGGGCAUUCCUAGUCAUCAACAGUAUCUGCAACUACUUGGGCAUCAACUGCUUGACAAUUCCUUCCAAAAAGCUCGCUGCCAAUCAAGAGAAACCGAAGGCUGGGAACGGAAACGCUAAGACCACUGAUGGACAUGGCAACGACAAGAGAGUGGAUUAA